CCAAGCGACUCAAACCAAUUUCAGUUUACUCAUUUCAUAAUACAAAUUUCUCUCUCUAACUCUGAAAUCUCCACCAGCCUCUCCGGCGCCGCCGCCACCUCUGUCCUUCUCUCUAUUUUUUGCCUCAAAAAUCAGUGAACAAUCAAUAAGUGGUGGAGAGUGAUAUUUGGUCAGCUUGCUGAUUUGGUGUACAUUUUGACAAAUUGGUGGUGCCUAUCACGUUGUAAAUGAGUGAAGAAUCUAAUUCUUAUGGAAAGGCUACAGAUCUCUUGCGUCAGCUGGAGGAUAUCCUUGAAUCUGAUUCUCUAAUUGAUGAGCUGGGGUUUAUUCAUCCAUCCCAGUUUUCCUUGUUAAAUGAAGAAUCUGGCAUUUCAGCUAAUUUAUCUGAUGAAGCCAUUCAUCAAUCGGCAGACAAGAUAGCAAGCUCUGACGAACAUUCCAAACGAGAGAACGUAUACUUCUGGAACAGAGAUCAUAAAUUGGGAAUUUCAACUAAUGUUCUUCUACCGUUAUGUAGAGCUGCUAAACAGGCAUUUAUGACGACCUUUAAACAAUACAAGAUGUGUGGCAAUCAGUCUGACAAAGUUGAGCUUUGUUUACCUGCUUCAGCAUCAUAUGACCAUCUUCAAAGGCUACUUUUGAGACACAGCAGGUCUCUUCUGCUGCUAAGCUGUGAUUUUAUGACUGCAUGGAAUUGCAGAAAGUUAUUAGUGUCCAAGAAGAAGCAGGUCUCAAUGUUUGUAGAUGAACUUCUACUGUCAGCACUUGUACUCUCAUGUUCACCCAAAAGCGAACAAGCUUGGAGUCAUAGGCGAUGGGUGAUCAAGUCAAUCUCUGCAAACUGUUCAAAUUUCAAAGAGAUUUUGGGAAAAGAAUCUGAGUUGGUGGAAAAAAUAGCUGAGAGAUCAAAGAUGAAUUAUCGUGCAUGGAAUCACCGUUGCUGGUUAAUCUCAUACAUGACUAAAGAACAGGUGCUAUCCGAGUUGAAGAAGUCCAGAAGUUGGGCUGCACUGCAUGUUGCUGAUAAUUGCUGUUUUCAUUAUCGCAGACGGCUACUGCAGAAGAUUUUGGAGGACCAAAGUUACGCAAAAGAAACUGCAUCAUAUGGUCAUAACGCUGAUAUUGUCCAAGCCUUGAAGGAUGAACUCGAUUGGAAUGAAACAUUGAUAAAGCGUUAUGUUGGAAGAGAGGCUCUAUGGCUUCAUCGUCGCUUUCUUUCCAUGUGCUGGAUAAAUAGUUUUCUAACUGAUUCUAGUGAUGGAUCCUACCAUUCCAAGGAGGCAACUAGCAUGUAUCAUGACUUUGGCACCUUUCUGCAGAAUGAAUUAUGUCUCCUUCACACGUCAACUUUUGUUGAUGAUGAUUAUGGGGAUUUCCAAGCACAAGCCGCAUAUGCUGCUAGUUACAUACUGUGGUUGAAAGUGCAAGUGCCUAAGCCUCUUGAAAAUGAGCUCCUUGAGAAGAUAAGAGAUGUAGAUUUGAAGACCUUACUGGAUAAGUCAUGCCCAGAGAGAUCCUCUUUAUUCAAUUACUUUAUGAACUAGAGUUAUGUGAGAGAGUAGUUCUCAUAUAUCUAAAGUGAAGAAGCUCUAAUAGAAGAAAAGCGGCACCUAUGUAGUGUUUAUUAUUUUGAUUUUGAUGUCUUGUAUAGAAUUUUUUUCCUUACAUGUUUUCUGGUAAUACACAGAAUGAAUAAGUUUACAAAUAAAGGUUUAAGCUUUCUGAAGA